UACCCGUACUCACCAAUCGGAAAGUUCCAAUGCGCAACGCGGGAUACUAAUGAACCAAUCCUAGUGCUGGAGGCGGGGCUUAUCGGAAAGCGGGUGAAGGGGAAUAUUGUUGAGUGGUAGAAAGCGCUAGAGGAAUGAACUAAUUUGCUUUUAUGAGUAUAGUAGUGUUAUAGAGCAGAGUUGUGUAAAAUGAAGUGUGUGUCUCCGCACCAUGACUUCAGUCCUGGUGACGUCGUGUUUGCCAAAAUGAAGGGUUAUCCUUUCUGGCCUGCCCGGGUUUCUGUUGGGAAGGCUCCAAGGAAUAAGAUCCCAAUCUUCUUUUAUGGAACACACCAGACAACAUCUCUAUUUUCUAAGGACGUCGUGCAUUACUGGCCCAACAAAGAGAAAUAUGGGAAGCCCAUCAAACGAGGAGGUUUUGAACAGGCCAUGUGGGAGAUCGAAAAUGACCCAGGGGUUGGCCUCAAAGGGCAAAAGAAAGCUGAUAUAGUGAGGAAGCUGCAGGAGAUGCGGAGGAAGGCAAGGAGUGCAGAAAAGAACGCUCAGAAGAAAAAUGAAGCUAACACACUCCCUAAUGCUUCAACUCCGGUAAAGAAUGAUAAAAUACUUGUGAAAACCAGCACCACUCCGAAUCAACCAUCUAUCUCAGAAAAUUUGGCUAGGAGACAGAUGCCGAGCCGGGCUAAAGGAGGCCAAAAGAAGACUGUAACGCCUUCUGAAAAAGUGUCUGCUGCCACUCCAACAUCUAAUAAAGCAAUAACACCUGCUGAUGAUACAACUCAACCUAAAAAAAACACCCCACCCGAAAAGGUCAUCCUGGCAAAAAAAACUAUCAUCGCUAAGACAACGACUGUAGUGAAGGAUGUUGCUAGGAAGAAAAUUCUUACAAAAGCAAAAAUGGUCAAAGCCAAAAAGAUGACAAGGACUAAGCUGAAGACAAAUUUGCCUAUCAGAGUGGAAACGAAUAUGCCAAAACCAGACUCUCGACUCCAUACCCCAGAGACACGGCGUAGAACCCCAGCGACUCCGUGCCAGGGUUGGGUCAAGGUUAAGGGUUGGGUCAAGGUCACAGAUCCACCGUUACAGAAAGCUGAGUCUCAGCCCCGUAACUCCAAGGGUUGGGUGAAGGUCACCAAUCCACCAUUACGGAACCCUGAGACUCGGCCCCAAACCCCUAAGACUCGGCCCCAAACCCCAGAGACUCGGCCUCAGAACUUAAAGGGUUGGGCAAAGGUCACCAAUCCGCCAUUACAGAACCCUGAGACUCGGCUCCAAACCCCUAAGACUCGGCCCCAAACCCCAGAGCCUCGGCCUCGGAACUUAAAGGGUUGGGCAAAGGUCACCAAUCCACCAUUACAGAACCCUGAGACUCGGCCCCAAACCCCUAAGACUCGGCCCCAAACCCCAGAGCCUCGGCCUCGGAACUUAAAGGGUUGGGCGAAGGUCACCAAUCCACCAUUACAGAACCCUGAGACUCGGCCCCAAACCCCAGAGCCUCGGCCUCGGAACUUAAAGGGUUGGGUGAAGGUCACCACUCCACGGUUACAGAACUCUAAACCUCGGCCACGGAAUUCCAAGGGUUGGGUGCAGGUCACAGAGCCACAGCUGCAGACUGGUGGGAUUCGACUCCGAACUCCAGACACUAGGCUCCAGAUCCCAGAUACUCACCUCCAGACCCCAGAAUCUCACCUUCAAACCCCAGAGGUUCAGCUACGGAGACCAGAGGUUCAGCUACGGAGACCAGAGGUUCAGCUACGGAGACCAGAGGUUCAGCUACGAAAUACCAAGUCUUUGGUGAAGGUUACAGAGCCAUGGCUGCAGACUCAGCUCAGAACUCCAGAGAAUCAGCUCCAGACCACAGACCCUCAGCUCAGAACCCCAGAGACUUGUGUCCAAACCCCAGGCACUCGGCUCCACACCCCAGAAACUCAGCUUCAGAAUCCCAAGACGUGCCUGAAGGUCACCGAGCCACUGCUACAGAUCCAAGAAACCCGGCUCCAAACCCCAGAGACCCAACUAAAAUCCCCAGAUACUCUGCUGAGAGUCACAGAGACUCGGGUGCAAACCCCAAUCCUGAACCCUAAGACAUGGCUGAGGGUUACCGUGCCACGGCUACAGAGUCCUGAGACUCUGCUCCGGAGCUCUGAGACUUUCCUUCGCAACCCUGAAAUUCAGCUUCGAAAUCUUGAAGUCUCAGCCUUCAGACACAAAUGCUUUGUGCCCCAACUCAAAGAUGACUCUUCAGUUAUACACCAAAAUGCUGCUAAUGAAUCCCGAGAUACAAUUCCUGAACCCCCAGAUGCAACUCCAGUUGAACCCCAAGAGCCUACUCCAGGUGAACCCAAAGUUGGUUCUCUGGUUAAACAUCAAGGCACUAUUCCAGCUGAAUCCCAAAAUGCUACUCCAGAUGAACCCCAUGGCCCUGCUCCUAUUGAACCCCACAUUGCUUCUCUGGUUGAAUCCCAAGGUGUUGCUCUGAUUGAGGUGCCAUUAAAGAAACUUAAAGAAGAAGGUGUGGGAGAACGGAGAGUGCUGAGACGGAGGACAGAAGAGCAAAAGAAUAGAGGAAAAAAGGGACAGAAAAAAGACACUGAGAAGACAUGGCCAGAAGAUGAAUGGAAGGAUAGAGAGGGGCAAAGGAAGAAAAAGGAGGAAAAUAUCACAGCCAUCACUAACACUGUCACCAGCUCUGAAGCCUCAAGGAGGAAGCAACAGGAAGAUAAACACAGCCCCACAGAACCAGAAAACCGCAAGGUAGGAAAGAGAAAAAGACAAGAGGUGGACAAGGGAGGACACAGAGUGCUGAGACAAAGGACAGAAGACGAGAAGAGAAAAAAAGAUGCAGAGGAAGAAAUGGAGGUUGAGGGGAAGGAUGGAAAGAAGAUGGCAGGAAAGGAGUACAAGAGAGAGAAGAGGAAGAAGAUAGAGGAGGAGACAGGGGAGAAGAAGAAGAAACAGAGGAAUGAAAAUGCAAAAGGUGUAAAAGAAGUGGAAAAGGUGACUGAGAGGAAGAGGCAGGAGACGGGGGAGAAGAAGCAGCUGGAUGACAAGCAGAGGAACAAAGAUGCAGGAGAGAAGGAGACAAAGGAAAAGAAGGGAGUAGAGGAGGAGUUUACAAAACAGAAAGAAUUUGAAUCCCGGCAUGCAAUUCCUGAACCCCCAGAUGCAACUCCAGUGGGAACCAAUCCAGUUGAACCCCAAGAGCCUGCUCCAGGUGAACCCAAAGUUGGGUCUCCUGUUGAAUCCCAUGGCAAUGCUCUUGUUGAAGCCCAAGUUACUUCUCUGGUUGAACCCCAAGGUGUUGCUCUGAUUGAGGUGCCUACGAGAAAACAGGAAGUUGUUGAGGGAGAACGGAGAGUGCUGAGACAGAGGGCAGAAGAACAGAAGGCUAGAGGGGAAAAGGGACAGAAGAAAGAGACUGAGAAGAAACAGCUAGAGGAUGCACUGAAUGAUGGAGAGGGGCAAAGGAAGAAGAGAAAGGAGAUUAUCCCAGCCAUCACUGACCCUGUCACCACUGACCCUGUCACCAGCCCUGCAGCCUCGAGAAGGAAGCAACAGGAAGAGAAUCUCUGCCACUCAGAACCAGAAAACAGCGAGGUAGGAAAGAGGAAAAAGCGAGAGGUGAAUGAGGGAGGAUGCAGAGUUCUGAGACAGAGCACAGAAGAACAGAAGGGAAAGAGGGAUGAAGAGGAAGAAACGGAAAAGAAGCAACCGGAGGUUGAACAGAAGGAUGGAGAGAAGGUGGGAGGAAAGGCAUACAAGGGACAGAAGAGGAAAAGGGGGGAGGAGAAGAAGCAGAGGAACGAAGAUGAAGUAAAGACGGUGAUUGAGAAAAAGAGAGUGGAGGAGACUGAGAAGAUGAAAAAGAAGAAAGGCAAGGAGGAAAUGGGGGAGAAGAAGGGAGAGGAAGAAAGGAGGGAGAAGAAGCAGCUAGAUGACAAGCAAAGGAGCAAAGCUGCAGGAGAGGAGAGGAAGAGGGAGAAGGAGAUGAUGAUGGGGGAGGAGAAGAAGCAGAGGAACGAAGAUGAAGUAAAGAUGGUGACUGAGAAGAAGAGAGUGGAGGAGACUGAGGAGAAGAUGACGAAAAAGAAGAAAGGUAAGGAGGAGAUGGGGGAGAAGAAGGGAGAGGAAGAAACGAGGGAGAAGAAGCAGCUAGACAACAAGCAGACGAGCGAAGAUGCAGGAGAGGAGGAGGAGAUGGGGGAGAAGAGGAGAGAGGAGGAGAUGGGGGAGAAGAAGCAAAGGAAUGAAGAUGAAGUAAAGAAGGUGACUGAAAAGAAGAGAGUGGAGGAGACUGAGCAGGAGAAGAUGAAAAAGAAGAAAGGCAAGGAGGAAAUGGGGGAGAAGAGGGGAGAGGAAGAAAUGAAGGAGAAGAAGCAGCUAGACAACAAACAGAAGAGUGGAGGUGCAGGAGAGGAGGAGAAGAGGGGAGAGGAGGAGGAGUCUGCAAAGCAGAGAUACUUGGAGGAUGAAAAGAGGAAGCAAAGGAGUAGAGUAUUGGCGGAGAGGAGGUUGAGUGUGUUAAAGUCUCUUCAGGGGUUGGUCACUUCUACCAGAAGCAGAACGCAGAAACAAGGCACAAACCAAGCAGAGAAAAAUGACAAGAGUGACGGAAAAGACCAAAAGGAAGAGAAAAGGAAGGAGAGGAGAGGAGAGAUGGAGCAGGCACAGGAGCUGAGUAAACAUAGAGCAGAGGACAAAAUGGACAAACGAAGAGCUCCUGCUCUGUCAGUCACAGACUCUCUUCUAUACAGACUGCAUGGUGAUAUCAGGAUCUCCAUGACCUUAGAAAAGCCAGACGUGAAUAAGUGUUUAUUGGCAUUGGAUGAGCUGAGUUCAGUGUCCGUUUCCUCCCGACACAUUCAGAACCACAGUGAGCUCAUCGACACACUCCGCAAGAUGCGGUGGUUCCGGGGAAGUGAAGCGAUUAUGUUUAAAGCGUCCAUGCUGUACUACCGCUUUAAGAACAUUUAUCUGAUUGGAGAACCAGAGGACACACUCAGCCCCGAGUACAUCCACUCACUACAGGAGGAGAGAGAGAGAUGGGCGGAGCAGCACACAUCUCAGACUGCUGCUGCAGAGGAGAGCCAUACACACACCAGCAGUCUCAUGCAGCACAGUGACUCUGCAGCAGAGAUGAGCUGAAACGCGUGCACACACAUGCGCAUGUCUGGAGUUCUUUAUGGAUGUCCAGCUCUUAAUUGGUGCUCCAUGAUUAUCCACAAUAAGCUCAGUAUCUCUCACUCACUCACCCACACAGAUACACACACACACACACGCAUUACACAAUUCUCCUGGUUGCGCUGAGAUUACAUUCUGUUCAUACAGAACGCUAACCUGCUAACAGUGACCUGAUUAGCAUUAUGCACAUGGCGUCAUACUAAUGAAUGACCUGUGUCCAUUCACUGUUAGCAAUGGUAGCAUAUUUGCUUGAGUUAUUCCUCUAAUUCUAAUAAUCUGCAAUGCUCUCAAUGUUCUCAUCUCCACACAUCUGCAGGGAUGCACUCUAACCCCUGUUUGGGACAACUGGACUGCGGCUCAGUGUCAUUUAAAGCAUUAAGGGCCCUUUCGUUAAGGGGGAGCCUGUGUUUUCGUGUCACGUUCAUUGUGUACUGUUUUAAUUUUAUAUGUGCUUUAUAUUUUUUAAAUCUGCUGCACUGUAAAGUCACUACUGAUUGGCCGAGUGGACACAUGCACUGUCUCAUGUCCUGAGGUUGACAUUCUAACAUUUCAUCAGUGUUAUGGCAUUACCACAUUCUUCUGAACUAAAAUGAUAGAAUGUGAGUAGAGGGAUUUGAGAGAGAAACAUCUUGCUGUCACUUCUUUAUAUCACCACAAAUAUCAGAGAAUGGACAGAGAGAGAGAGAGACAAAUGGAUAGAGGACCAACAGACAUGCAUUAAAAGACAAACACACAAGCAAAUAGAAUAACAGGGACACGGACAAAGAUAGAGAGAGAGGCAGGCUAGAAGAUGAGUAGAGAGACGGAAUGAUCGUCUUUCUUUCUUAAUUUGUGUACCUGACAAAGAGAUGGACGGAUGGAUAGACAGACAAAUGCGGGUAAAUAGACUGACAGAAGGACUGAUAAUGUAAAGUAAGACAGACUGGCACAAAAAUUAACAGGAAGUCAAACAAAGACUAAGGUAAACAGACACACAGGCAAAUAGAAUGACAAAUGGACAUUUAAUCAAAUACAUACAGUAGACUGAUGACAGGUUGAUGGAUCCUCAUACAUCAGGACAGUCACUCUGAAUCAUGUCAGAUGUAUUGCUUAACUAUCCAGCACAGGUGGUUACCACGGAAAUAGUACAGCUCAACUCAAACUGCAGAGAUCUUUUCCUUCAGUCACUCACUUGGGGGGAGAGACACACACGCACAGAGCGCGUUCCCUGUGUAAAUGUAGGAGUAUUUGUGUCUGUUGCUGGUUUAAUCUCAUUUUACAAUCCUCUUUGUUUACAAUCCUCUUAUUCCCAGGAUAUUUAUUCCACUUGAUCGGUUUUACUCAAGUUUCCUUUUUAUAACACAUUCUGCAUUACAGAGGUGGAUCAGAUCUCGCACACUUAUACCACUACAGCAGUUAUUCAUUCCUCUCGUUAAUUACACAUGUAACGGAUGACGCCAUCCCCCCAGCCUUUAUAAAGUGUAUAUUAAAUAUUACUAUAUUAAAACUGCACACCUUUAUAAGCAUGCUGCGUUCCAAUAAUGAUUGGAUAUGAAUAAUGAAGUGAACUCUUGUCCACUUGCCCUCAUCUGCCAUCUUAAUUGACUUCAUUUGUUUGAGAUGUGAGGUAUCUCAUAAAUCUGAGAUUUAUUUCAUGUUUUGCUUCUUGUUCUGUUUCACUAAACCAUUGUGAGCGAGUGUGUUUUUAUUGUUCUGAAGUGGAUAAGGUGUCUGUAAAGGUGCGUUAUGUAAGAUUAAUGGUUGAGUAGGUGGGUUCCAUGUUUGUCUGCAUAUAUCCCAGGUUAUUUGUACAAGUAAAAAAAAAAAAGCUUUAAAAAUGGAUUAUUGCUCCUUUUAAGACAGCGUUUGGAUCUGAUCUAAAGUGAUCUAAAUCCAUAGGUUAAUCAACUCAUGUAUUUAUUCUGAAUCCAUUAUACACACCUACACACUGCUUUAUACUGUAAUAAACUGUUUUUACAGGAUUUUAAGAUUGUUGUGCAAGUGUGUUUCGCUGUGACAAUUCCAUAUUGUUUCUGCUCAGUGUGAAUAAAACUUUUCUUUACUGUCA